CGCGCCUUCGCACAGCUCCGGAGUCUUUCUUCCCCUUAGGAUGAAGAACCCGAUGCUGGAGGCCGUGUCCUCACUGCUAGAGAGGCUGCUCUUCAUCUCCAGUUUAAAGCUUUUCAUCCUGGGCGCUCCGGAAGAAGACAGAAGAAGCAACAGAUUCUACGAGGUCAGUUCUUUUCUCCGCGGUGACUUGCUGGAGGUGCCUCGGACCCACCUGACCCACUAUGGCAUCUACCUGGGCGACAACCGUGUCGCCCACCUAAUGCCUGACAUUUUGCUGGCCCUGACCACCGACAAGACCCGCACCCAGAAGGUGGUCUCCAACAAGCGUCUCCUCUUGGGCGUCAUCGUCAAGGUGGCCAGCAUCCGCGUGGACACCGUGGAGGACUUCGCCUACGGAGCCGACGUCCUGGUCAAUCACCUGGACGGGUCCCUCCAGAAGAAGGCGCUGCUCAAUGAGGAGGUGGCGCAGAGGGCCGAGGAGCGGCUGGGCUUGUGCCCCUACAGCUUGCUGUGGAACAAUUGCGAGCACUUUGUGACGUACUGCAGAUAUGGCACCGCAGUCAGCCCCCAGGCCGACAAGGGUUAUCUUGAAAUGUGGAGCAAAAAGGUGUGGCCAUGCAGGAUGGCUUCCAGUGAUUCCAGAGAGCUGUCCAAUUAUUACAGCAGAAGUCAUCAGGAUAUCCACACACAACUAGUGCAGUUCUGUGAGUAUGUGAAGAUAAUUAUUCGUGACCAGAGAAGUGUUGUUGCUUCAGCAGUCUUGGGAUUGGCGUCUAUAGUCUACCUGGGCUUGGCAUCAUAUAUUACCUUUCCUGCAGUUCUUAUACCAUUCUGCUUAUGGAUGUCUGGCUGACUUCAUAUGCCCGUGUCAACGCGUAUGCAUUCUGCAUACAAAUACAUUUGUAUUUAUAGAGCACAAAUCACUGUCAAUACUGUUGAGAAAAAUGUGACCUGUAACACUGUGUUCUGAGUAAAUAUGUGAUUAAGAAUCACAUAAAGUGCUUACCGUGUACCAGGAACAAAGGCUUUCUAAUCUUCUCGCAUAGUUCCCUUGUAAAACACCAUUCAAUCCUUGGAAAUAUGACAGCUUGUGAAUUCAGCAGUACAAGAAAAUCAUAUACAAGAUGGUGGCACCACAGGAGAUUUAUUUGUGUUUUUUUUCUUCCAGUAAUCAUUCAUCUGUUAGGCCCACAUUUGAAGAUUGGAAGACCUAUUAAGAUUGCUCACUCUGUUCUAAGUUUAUUCUGCUUUAUUAAAAGACUCUACUAAACUGAAAGCAUUUUCUUCAUUCAGGUGAAAACAUGCUUGAUUACCAAAAACUUCACCAAAUCUCAAUUUCUUUUUUUCACAUAUCACAUGUACUUCCCAGUAAAUCAAGAAUAUUGUAUUUUCAGUAUAUGCAAUCAGUAUUGGCAAAGUUAAGGUUUAAUGAAAAAAUAACUGACCAGAAAGUAUAGAAAUCUGUGUUUUGCUGCAGAAAUGACCACUACUAGAUAUCUAGUCGCUAUUUAUAUUUGAACAAUGUAGUUGGCUUAACUUACAAAGAAUUUGUUAAUUUUUUUCCUUUUUUGUGCCCCUAUGGCUAAAACAUGCUGAGAAAUAAAUGGAUAUAAGAUCGAAGUAAUUAGAGUAUCUGCUGUAUUGUGUGAAUCAAGUAAAGAUUGAAAGACAAAUUAA